GUCUCUGACACAUCGACUAGAUUUUUCAAUAUAAAUUUUCUCGCGUGCUGCAUUUCCCUAGCCAUUCAAUCCAAGGUUCAUUGAAAAUGCAUUAUGUAUUCAGAAUAUUUUGCAGAGUCAGUGUCCAUCAUAAAGAAUCGUCUCAACACAAUAUCUCAUAAAGACCGCAUUCACACGUCAAUAAGUUACAAUCUAGCUAAUGAAGGACCUUGAAAUAUUUAUCCCCUACUCAUGGCAGCUCUACGACUAUCAUAAAAAAACAUAGAUCGUCCCUAUCUACAUUGUUGAGUGGAGACAUUAAAUGAACACGUGUAACAUUGUCAGUAUAAGAGGCACGUGAUAACUGUGUCAACUAUGAUUUUUUUUCUCCAAUGCAAGCUCUCCAACACAGCUCCAUUGGACAAUAUGCGCAUUUUAUAAAUCUAUACUAGAGGGACUGAAGUGAACAUUCUAAAACAUUUCAGUUUGAAAAUGGCAAUCGUGACUAGCGGUUGAAAAAUUGUAUAUAAUUAUUAAAAAUAGCAGUGGCCAUUUCCGUCCGUGUUUGCCUGGCUUCUACAACUCUAUCCUGUAACAAUCCAUUCAUCUUGAUAAUUCUUCAACGAAAUCAUUACAGCAGAUUUGAUGCUAUUCAACCUAUCUAAAUCUGCCAUCCACAUGGACCCCCACCCAGACCUAAAAAUUUACCGUACGGUACCAACGAAAUUUGUUUAAUGAGAGACCUGGAUCAGCAGGAAUUUGUGCGGGUGCAGGGGGGAGUUACGGGACAUUCGACGACUCACUGCCACUAAGAUAUCUGUUUAGUUUCCCUGUCGUCAAACCUCGACAGUACAUCCGUGCACUCAUAUCAGUAUCCGAUUUGUUCGCUCGAGCAGCAAUUUCUCGUAAAUCAAUGGCGUUAUCUCUCCAAAAUAUUCAAUCGCUCCUUCAAUCAACUUUGGGGAAUGAAUGUACAGUGGAAAGUUAUACAGAAGAGAAGUUACUUCCACCUGGUGAAAAUUAUGGCAGCAUAAUGGCAAGUAUUAACUCGAUUAUCAAAAAACUAAAACACGGAAAAUGUGAGGAGUUGCAAUUAGUGGCGAAAUCAGCUCCACCCAUUGAAAUGCAACAGGAACUGAAGGAUGGUUCGGUUAUAUUUCGAAAGGAAAUUUUCAUGUAUUCAACAAUGAUUCCGUCCUAUCGAAAAUUGGAGAUUGAUAAUGGUGUGGGAGAGGAGGACGCCUUGGAAUUGAGCCCAAGGUACUAUGGAUCAAUGGUGUCAUCCGAUUCCGAAAAAUCAGGUGCCUAUGAUGCCAUAAUUUUGCUUGAAAAUCUGAAGCCAAAGGGGUACUAUUGCGUUGACAGAAGAUUUGGAUGUGAUCUGGCCCAUGCUAAAUUGGUCGUAAAGACUAUAGCAAGAUUUCAUGCUCUUGGGAUGGCAACGAAGGAAAAAAAUCCCGAUUUCUUUGAAAUUUUGAAGCGCCAAGCGCAACCCCCUGAUAUUGCUAACGUGGAGGUGUGGCAGGUACUAUGUCAGCAGAGGAUUGAUGAUAUCACAGAUAAUCCUGAGUUGAAAGAGUAUCACGAGGCCUCUCGUCAAGCUUUGAGCCAAAGUAUAAUUGACAAUUGGAAAAUACCCAUCCCUGAGCCAUGGUCGACAAUAACUCACGCAGACCUUUGGACGAAUAAUAUUAUGUUUCGGAAUAAUAAUGAGGGAGCGCCAGAAGACAUCAAACUGGUGGACUUCCAGUUAUCUAUGUUCGCUAGUCCCAUGAGGGACCUCACCUUUUUCCUUACUGCCGGACUCGAUUUAGAUACUACUGAUCACAUCGAUGAACUCAUUGAUUUGUACUACGAUACUCUGAUUGGACGAUUGAACUUGCUGGGGUGCAACAUUGAACCGUAUACCCGGAGGUCCUUUGACGAGAAACUUCGAGAAGAUGCAUCUAAAGGAUGUACUCCAGUCUCGCCAGGGUAAUGUUAUUUACAAUAAGAGAUUGAGGAAGUUAGUUCAAACGUUCGGUAAAAAAGGUUGGUUUAAGAAAUAAUUUGCAUAAUGAUUUGUAAAAUGAAAUAAUUGUAUCAUGAAAAAUGUAUGUAGGAGAGAAUAUGAUAAUUUGGCCCACUGCAGCCAAAUUAAAACCCCAAGAAUAUUUGGAAAGAAUUUUUUUCCAAAUUCACGUUGUUAAAAAAUUAUUGUAUUAAGCUUUGUCUUAGAAUUCCUAAGAAACCGCUGUAUAGCAGGCGGUGCUUGUGGUUUUAUAAUUUUGAAAUAAAUCGAAUUCAACUUCGGUCAAAUUAA